UCUAGUUGCAUAAUUUUCUAUGUAUUGCUUAUUAUAAAAAACUGCUUUGAAAAUAAAUCUUAUAUUUUAUUUUUUCCUCAUUUUUUCAGAUACUGGACUAGUGCAGAAGAAACUUCUAAAUUGUGCCAGCGUGUUCAAAAUUGGGAAGAGAGGAUAAAUCCAAUAUUAGAAGAAGAAGAACAGCGACGCGAAUUCGAUAUACAUCGUUAUGAAUCGGAAUUGCUCGAAAAUUUUGAUAAAUUAGGAGAAGACAAGCCAUUUUAUGGGCUUCUGCGUAAGGAAGCGCCUUCGUAUGAUAUAAGUCGGUACUUUCUUGCAUCUUUAACAUUGUCAAAUACAGGCAAUAUUGAACUCAUCAGUUCUUUGUCGAGCAAUAAUUUCACUGAAGUCUCAAAUGAAUUACACUGCAAAGUGAUAAAACUGGAAAGGCAUCAUGAAGUAUUCGAUGAUAGUAAUGUUUCUCUAUAA